GCUUCAGUUUGAACAAAGCUGCAGCACCAGCCGCCCAGGCCUCCUACCAUUUUCGCAUGGAAAGUCACCGCUUCAGUGUUUGAGUGUCUGAAGCCGUUGGCUGGUCCUGAACCGUUUGGCUUUCUCCACUAGCAAACAGCCCCACAAAUGCACCUCAUUCGCUCUUAAAUAUGUAUUUUUAAAACGUUUAACCCACAUUUACGCCGCUGUAAACCGAACCGGACGCUUGUUUGGGAAUUUAACUCGCGAUUCGCCGCCUCACAACGGGCUUAUAACGCUUUAUUGCCGCUCUGUUUUAACAAAUAGCCGAGGAGGAGGAAAUUCCACACAGGCAGCACAGCACAGCACAGAAGCUCCCCUUGUGUCGCCCGGGAUAUUGAAACUGAAGAGACUCCAUGCAGAAGGCUGAGGUUGAAGCCUGACAUCCUGACGAGACUUGAUCACAUGGUGCUGAGACACUCGGACAGGAUCCUUAUAAAACAUUUGCAUUGCGGGAAAAUACUUGAUACUGUGCGGUUUAAAAAGAUGCGCUUGGCGGGCUUCACGUGUCUCCCAGAAUCACCAUCCCCGAAUCACCAUAGCUGUAUAAUAGGGGAGAGUGAUGGAUGGGUGGGGAUUUGCAGGUGACCAGAUCUGAUGAGAAAAAUGGUUGAAAACUGGUCCUGAUUUUAACAUUGGACUACACAGCUACAAGACACCGCUCAUAAGACUGUAUCCUGUGUGCUGACCUCAUGGUGUAAGCAGGUGUAAAGAUGAGCAUAAGCAGUGAUGAGGUCAAUUUUCUGGUGUACAGAUACCUACAGGAGUCAGGGUUUUCCCAUUCAGCCUUCACGUUCGGCAUAGAGAGCCACAUCAGCCAGUCUAACAUCAACGGAGCCCUAGUGCCCCCUGCUGCCCUCAUCUCCAUCAUCCAGAAGGGCCUGCAGUAUGUGGAGGCAGAAGUCAGUAUCAACGAGGACGGCACCCUGUUUGAUGGCCGGCCGAUCGAAUCCUUGUCUCUGAUCGACGCAGUGAUGCCCGACGUGGUGCAGACGCGCCAGCAAGCCUACCGAGACAAACUGGCACAGCAGCAAGCUGCCGCCGCACCUCCAGCCUCCAGCACCAACAUGCAGGGCAAUGCCAAAAAUGGAGAGAACACCGCCAACGGAGAGGAGAAUGGUGCACAUGCCUUACCUAACAACCAUGCAGACAUGAUGGAGGUAGAUGGAGAUGUGGAGAUUCCUCAGAAUAAAGCUAUGGUGCUGAGGGGACACGAGUCUGAGGUGUUCAUCUGCGCCUGGAACCCUGUCAGUGACCUGCUCGCUUCUGGGUCUGGGGACUCGACGGCUCGCAUAUGGAACCUGAGUGAGAACAGCACCAGCAGCUCCACACAGCUCGUGCUCAGGCACUGUAUACGAGAGGGAGGCCAAGACGUGCCCAGCAACAAAGACGUUACAUCAUUAGACUGGAAUAGUGAGGGUACAUUAUUAGCCACAGGCUCUUAUGAUGGCUUUGCCAGAAUAUGGACAAAAGAUGGUAAUCUUGCCAGCACCCUGGGUCAGCAUAAAGGCCCUAUAUUUGCGCUGAAAUGGAACAAGAAAGGAAAUUUUAUCCUUAGCGCUGGUGUAGAUAAGACAACAAUCAUUUGGGAUGCUCAUACAGGAGAGGCUAAGCAGCAAUUUCCCUUCCAUUCAGCACCUGCUCUGGAUGUGGACUGGCAAAGCAACAACACGUUUGCCUCGUGCAGCACGGACAUGUGCAUUCACGUGUGUAAACUGGGCCAGGAUCGACCCAUAAAGACAUUCCAAGGACACACAAAUGAAGUAAAUGCAAUCAAAUGGGAUCCAACUGGCAACCUGCUGGCAUCAUGUUCUGACGACAUGACGCUGAAGAUUUGGAGUAUGAAGCAGGACACGUGCGUUCAUGACUUGCAAGCUCACAGCAAAGAAAUUUACACUAUAAAAUGGAGCCCAACUGGCCCUGGCACCAACAAUCCUAAUGCCAAUCUCAUGCUCGCCAGCGCAUCCUUUGACUCCACUGUUCGGCUAUGGGAUGUAGAUCGAGGCAUCUGCAUCCACACAUUAACCAAACACCAGGAGCCGGUGUACAGUGUCGCCUUUAGCCCUGACGGACGCCAUUUGGCCAGCGGCUCUUUCGACAAAUGUGUACACAUCUGGAACACACAGACUGGUGCUUUAGUUCAUAGCUACAGGGGAACAGGAGGCAUUUUUGAAGUGUGUUGGAAUGCAGCUGGUGACAAAGUGGGUGCUAGUGCAUCGGAUGGCUCUCAGUUUACAGUAGCACUUUACAUCAGUUUUAUUUUAUUUUUGAUGAACUUUGACCUGACCCUUGACACACAAGCCUCAGUCUUGUGAGCCAGUGAAAAACAAGUUUGUGUAUUAGAUCUGAGGAAAUAACGCUGCUUGUUGGAAGCCAUGGACCGACUAUGAAUGUGUACAUAGCCAAAAUGACUGUCCCUGCCCCAUGUACUGCUACAAUCCCUAUUGAACCAUGGCCAGCCACUACAGACAGGACAAAAAAAAAAACAAGCAUCCUGAUGCAGCAGACGAGGUAGAGUGGAAGUGAUUCCAACCAGAGACAUGAAAGGGACUUUUGUAAGUAACAUCGGUGGGGAAACAACACAAGAAGAAAGAAGCAAAAAAAAAAAAAAAAAAAAAAAAAAGGACUGGUGUAUUUACCAAAAUUUGGAAGAUAUUUUACUAUUUGUUCUUCAAACCAAUCUCAUCAAAAUAAACAAGCAAAAAGAUUUUAA